AUGCUGUCUGUCCUGGCCAAGAGCAGGACCUACGGGAUACUCUCAGCAACCGCAGGUGCCAAGCACGCGGAUUACUUUUCCCGAAGGCUGGCGGGCUUCACUCCGGUCGGCGCCGCCGCUCGCGCGCUCCUGCUCUGCCGCCACGGUCCGGGGGCUGCCGGUCCCGGGACCAUGUGUGACGGCGCCCUGCUGCCCCCUCUCGUCCUGCCCUUGCUGCUGCUGCUGCUUUGGGGACUGGACCCGGGCGCAGGUUGGCCUCAUCCAGCUUGGGCAGGAGCAGGUACUAAUCCAGCCCCUCAACAACUCCCAGGGACCCUUCAGUGGACGAGAGCAUCUGAUCAGGCGCAAAUGGUCCUUGACACCCAGCCCUCCAGCCAAGGCCCAGAUACCUGGGCAGCACUGCAAGGUUCUAACAG